CCGGGCUACAAGUAACCUUUGUACAGAGGGAGAAUCCAAGCGGUUACUCCGUCAUCAGCCUGAAGGGGCUUUUACAGCACAGGAGGAGACCAUUCGGGCCAUCGAGCCUAUAUCGGUGGAGUAAUGAAAGACUGUCCCACAGCCAGAAAUUGUUAAACAAACGAACCUCACCAAGUAACUCAGACCAGCUGUUUCCGCUUGUAGAGGAAAUAAGAACAGGAUAGGGAACCACUGAGAAAAUACUAUAUAGAAAAUCAUGCAACCUUUAGGAAUCUGGCACACCUUGCAGCUGGAGGACUACCAAAUACCUGAACUGUAAGAUAAAUGUAAACAGGUUAAAAGUCUUAAAUGGCAACACAUACUCAGGAACACAGAGAGAGCAGCCAUCUUAGAAAACCAAAAAGAUCGAUUUCACCACUAACUCCCCUCUGAAAAGUUGAGACGACACUGACAAUAAAUUGAUGUAGGCGUUGCUGUCUGGCCAGCUUUUAUUGGUGGUGAGCUGCCUUCUUGAUCUGCUGCAAUCCACAUGCUAUAGGUUGACCCACAAUGCCCUUAGGGAAGGAAUUCAAGUAUUUUGACACAGCAACAGAGAAAGAACAGUGAUAUAUUUCCAACUCAGGAUGAUCAUGGAGGACAUGGCCAUGAAGCUGAAGGAAUGGGCAGGCUUGAUGGGAAUCCCUGAUCGCAGCAUGCCCUCCGACACCGCAUUCCGAAAUCUCUGUACUGGCCAGUGUCAAGACAUCUGGGAAUAUGUCAUUCGCUAUGUCAAGCGGAAAGAGGUAGUGAGAGAGAUCAAGGGGAACCUGGAAUGGAACCGGUGGGUAAAAGGCUCUGAGGCUCCGUUGUCUGACAAGGAGCAGAAGAAGAGGAGGAAGUUGCUGGAACAGCUGGUGUCUCUGAGGACUGAUCUCCAACAAUUGGACGAAAGCUCAGAUCAUGAGCAGCAAGAGAUUGAUGAGCAAACACUGAUGGAGACUUGCGAGAGGCUGCAGGAUCUGAAACAGCGGAAUAUUUUGUUAAAAACAUUUCUUCAGCGUGCAGUAAACAGGAGGAAAACACUGCAGGAACAGAGCAAGAAGCUGCACGAUCGACUACACGUCUUCAGACAGAUCAGCAGUAAAGCUGAGCAAGAUGUAGGAGCGGGCAGUACUGUGGACGGCAAGUUGAGGCAUGGCAAUGGUUUGGAGCCCGAGGUGCUGCAAGAUGUUCGGGGAACAUGUUUCACAAGAUUCCAGCUCCUCAAGUCGUUAUAUGAUGAACAGGAGAGUCCUAUCGGAGGCGGUGGUGACAGGGGCUAUGACCUGAGGAGUGACAGUUAUCAUCAGUGGCUGAACCAGAUAGAGGGUGUUAAUGCAUCACAUCCACCAAACCACAUCUUGGCAGCAGUGCAGACUCUGGCAGCUGAGAAUCAAGAGGAGCUGGUGGAACUCCAAUCGAAAGUGGAUGUCGGAAAGGACAUGGAAGUUCUCAGGUUCUCCUACAGUCGUUCCCACUUACAGGAUGUUUCGGAGACUCCUGCGGUUCUGCGCUCCGUCAAGUCUUUGCUUGAGGAGGGAUGGCGAGACUGUGAGGUGCGGGUGGUGGAGAAGAUCGGGGCCCUCAGGCGGGACAAGGAGAUGAGUGGCAGGUUGACGUUGCUGAGUCAAGAGUUUAAUCGUCUGCAGGAGGAACAGUAUGGGCACGAUGCUGAUCUCCUGUCUGCCGUCAGGGAGGCCUCGGAGCUGGAACUGAGCAUGAUGGAGAAGAGGGGCUACCUUCAGGAGCUCUCAGAACAGGCUCAGCUCUUGGCAAACUCCAUAGAAGCCAAGAACCGUGAGAUCCAGACCCUGCAGCAGAAGCACAACAGCAUUCUCCACUUUCAAGCUCUCGUGGAUACGAAACAAGAUCUCAUCCGUGCUUUAGUGAAAGGGAAUUCGUCAGCCAAGAGUCAACUGAUGAAGACACAAAUAGAGAUUGGCUCCUUCGUGAGGCAGAAACUUGGGGAGCAGGAGGAUCCCAUUCGCUCGCUGACUGAGGAGCUCCACAAUUCCGUCAACAGGGAAGUGAACCUCUUCACGGCCAUUUCUCUGCCCAACCUGGAUCGCCGACGUUUAGGAGAGUCCCAGAGGGUUCCUGUGCACAAGUUGUCCAUCCACAAACUGGAUUCUUCAUUCAACAAUCCUCAAUUUUUCCGGGGCCUCAAGAAGAGUUUAUAUUUCCCGUUCUACAAGGCUCCUGAAUUCCUGAUGGACCACGCAGCCGAGAUGAAGGUGGAGCGCAGGUCAUUGGAAGCAACUCUGCUCCAUCAGAGAGACGCUCUGCAGACUCUGCAGAGACGACACAACAUCACGCCAGUCACUGAUGCAGACGCCCUGAUUGAGCGCAUCCUCUUGCAGAGCUCCGAAUGUGAUCAGAACUCUAUUCCAAACAUUCACAAACUCUUGAAUCAGUGCCUUCAAGCCAUUGAGUUCACCACUGAACUAAGGAACGAUGUCCAGGAUUGGUGGGAGCAGCCUGCCCAGUUCCUUGUUCCCUGGGUUAAACAGCACGGACAGAAUGUGCAAGGCUGGAUUCACAAGUGGAAUGAGCUGGUCCACAGGGGCAUGUUGCAGGCUCGAGGAGACGCUGCUACGAGGAAACCCUGCUAACAGGAUGGUGCCGAACCCCCUGAACGACCCACGCCCCAGUCGUCUGAUCCUGAGGUGGACCAAAGGGUCCAGGCACUCCUCCCCUGUCUGUUCCCAGAUUUCCAAGUCUCUGCUGCCAUAUCAAAUGGACAGAAUCAUCUUCUCACUGAUCCUACAGCAGGAUCAUCUGUACUCACUCGGAGGAUAUCCGAUCAGCUAACGGCAUGUAUUUGGUUUUAGAUUGGAAAUAAAGGCAAUGAUUUGGAUCACA